AUGACUCACUUGGUGGAUAACUUAACAAAUAAUUUCAAAGUUUACUAUAAAAAUAUCAGAAAAAAAAGAAACACCCGAAAUGAAAUUGUAGAAGACCAAUUAAUAGAAAAGGUUGUUGCUAUAGAAAAGACAUAUGAUAGUUGUUGCAGAGAGGCUCAAUGGUUUGAUGAGCUACGAAAACUAGUCGAAGUUGAUCAAAAAUAUUCAAAAGUAAAUGAGAUCUUUAGAAAUAUAAACGCAGAAGAGGGUAGCUCCAUCACCCAAGAUAACCGAUUAACUGAAAUAUAUGCAAAUAAUACAGAAGAUACCAAUAUUUUUAUUGAAGAAAAUGAUAGAGUUUUAAUAUCAUGUGUUUUAUCAAAACUUUCAUAUCUUAACGAUAAAGAAACUAUUUUGCAAUACCUACAUUCUCAAAUAUCAGUUACUCAUGUAUUAGAAAAAAUUCGUAAACUAUAUUAUUUUAAACCAAUUCAUACAAGAACCAAGGUAUUAAUAGCAUUUGAUGAUCAAAACAACUGUUACUGUUCGUUUAAUGGCACUGUAAACUCAUCCGAUUUAAUUCUAGAUAUCUCAUGUGGGUUCCUUGAAAAGAUAAAGUUCAAUUGUGAUGAUGGUGUUAAGCACAGUCUCUAUAGUGACUGCGAUCGUUUCGAAUGGGCUGUUUCUAUUGUUGAUGAUCUUAUUUCUCUUACUAAAAAGCUGGGUAAAAAAAGUUUAAUUUUCUCUGGCCAUUCUAUGGGCGCUACAUUUGCUACAUUUGCUUGCUUUGAAGCUAUCAAAUUAAAGAACAAAUUGGAUUCUACCAAUACCCUGGAAUUAAAGUGCUAUUCAUUUGGUUCACCAUCGUUUCUUCAUUCAUCUUGUAAAUUAUUUUUAGAUAGUAAUCCAGUUUAUAAUCAAGUUUUCGAAAACUAUCUAAACGAAUACGAUAUUGUUCCAAUGAUGAGCCACUAUCCUGUUAUUUUUAUAGACUUUAUUGGUCUUUUAUCAAAAUAUACAAGAGUUUUCAACCAUAAAAGUGGAAGAUUCAUAUUUUAUGAAAGUUUAGAUACAGAUGCCGAAUUUAAUUUUAGAUCAAUUAUAAAUCAUGUUAAAAAGCUUUAUAAUUAUAAAAAGUUUUUAAUGAUUGAUGAUCACAAGAUGGAUAGAUACCUCAAACAUUUAUAUUCUUGCUAUCAAAAUAGUAAUUCCAAAGGUAGUAAUCCAUUGAAUCUUUUAAAGUCUGAAGAUAUUGUUUAA